UUCGAGGAGUUGAAGUUCUUGUUCAGUACCGACAGAACUAUGCACAAUAGCAACAUGGACUUGACAAUUGACGCCAUGUGGUUGUUCCUAGCUAUUUUUCUCAUCACUGCAAUAAUCAUUAAGAAUGCAAAUGCAAGAGUUACCUCUGAUCCAGGGUGUACACGACCACCUCCACCUGUGGUCAAUAUCAUUGCUCUCCUAAAACUCUUACCUACCUUGUGUACAAAGGGCCCCGAAGUUACAAUGACCUAUCUGUAUAACACAUUUGGUAGUGUGUUCACAAUACGUUUUCUUUGGAAAAGAAUAAGCUUCUUGGUUGGGCCAGAGGUCUCUGGUCUUUUCUUUCAAGGUUCGGAGUCCGAGGUUUCCCAAGGUAAUAUGAAUGAGUUCACUGUGCCCAUGUUUGGCCAAGAGAACGGAUAUGCCGUAGAUUACAACACCCGAAGCCAGGAGAUUCGCUUCUUCAUUGACGCUCUAAAGCCAUCGCAACUGAGGAGCCAUGUUGACCCCAUGCUUCGUGAAGUGGAGGACUACUUUGCAAAAUGGGGAGAAGAGGGGGUAGUCGAUCUGAAAGAUGAGCUCAACCAGAUACUCAUGUUGAUCGCAAGUCGGUGCUUACUUGGAAAUGAGUUUAGAGAAAGCUUACAUGGAAAUGAGGUUAGAGAAAAGCCAUUUGGUGAGAUUUACACAUUGUUUAGUGGAAUCGAAGAAGGGGUGAACUUGGUGAGUUUCAUGCUCCCAUAUUUCCCUGUUCCGGCAAAUCACCGACGAGACAAAGCACGGAUCAGACUUACAGAGAUUGUUUAUGAUAUUAUGAGGUCAAGAAAGACAUGCGGCCGUGUCGAGGAAGAUGUGCUCCAGAAAUUGAUGGACUCUAGGUAUAAAGACGGCCGUCGUACAACAGAAGCGGCGGUCGCCGGGAUGAUCAUCGGAUUGAUAUUUGCUGGAAAACACACAAGCUCAAAUGUAUCCACCUGGACAGGAGCUUGCCUAUUGACCCAUACAAAGUUUUUAGAUGCUGUUGUGGAAGAGCAAAGGGAAAUAAUUAGAAAAUAUAAGGACAAGAUAGACUAUAAUGUCUUGUCAAAGAUGGAGACAUUGCAUAGUUGCAUCAAAGAGGCAGGACGUAUGCAUCCAGUAACACUAGGGUUGAUUCGCCAAACAGAAAAGAAUAUCAAUGUGAGGACAAAAGAGGGAACUGAAUAUGGCAUCCCGAAAGGUGACACCUUAGUAAAUCUUGUAAUGCUAACCAGUAAGUUGUCACACAUUUACAAGGACCCUGAAGUGUAUGACCCAUACCGGUUUCAUCCUGGAAGAGAGGAGGACAAAGUUGGUGGUAAAUUCUCGUACGCAAUAUUUGGCGGUGGAAUCCAUGUUUGUCCCGGGGAGGCCUAUGCUUUCUUGCAAAUUAAAAUUAUAUGGAGCCAUUUGGUGAGAAAUUUUGAGCUCAAACUCACUUCUCCUUUUCCGAAGACAGACUGGAGCAAGUUUGUGUUAGAGCCUAAAGGGAAAGUGCUGGUAAACUAUAAGAGACGUCGUCUGGAAAGCAACUGAGAUAUGCCAUAUGUCCAUCAACAUGUAUUUGCAUGGACGUACCUUUGCAUGUGUGUGGUAAUACAUGUUUGGUAGUUGUCCAUGGUUUCUGGGGCAUAAUAAGGUCAAGUUAUUAAUAACUUGAGUGUUUAAUUACUUCUACUUCAUUCUCCAAACAUUUGGCUUGUCGACCCUGCUAUGUAAGAGACUAUAAUAAUGAGUGGCAUAUAUAUCUUUAUGUUUAUCUA